AUGAAUAUUUCUACUGCAAAAAAAAUGUCUGAAUCAAGUACAAUUAAACAACCUAUCAGAAGAUUGGAAAUUCCUAUAAGUAAAUUCGACGUAGCAAUACCACAUCACUUGGACUUAUUGCGAAGACAUAAAAAUAACAUUAAAAAUUAUCAAAGAGACAAAGACUGGGCAAAAGUUCAUAAAGAACAAACAAAUGCACUAAGGCUAGUCAAACAAUUAGAACAGUUGUUAUAUGAAAUGGACACGCUUCGCGGACAACAAUCGCAGCCUUUGGACGAACGAUUUCUUCAACUCCAAACAGAGCAAGACGAAAUCGAAAGACAGAACGCCUGUCUCCAUGCUUGGAACUCUCUGCAAAAUGAUUUGCAGCAGCUUCAUCAACUGUUUGUUCACAUGAAUCAAUUGAUUUAUGACCAAAAGCAUCAUGUUAAUGAAGUAGAAGACAACGUAGUCGAAUCUCACGAGAAUGUUGUAAGAGGAAAUAAAUUUUUAGAAAAAGCGUCAAAAUUAAAAGUAGCGGCCUAUCCAUUGGCUGGUGCGCUAAUCGGUACCUGCAUUGGCGGGCCUGUUGGUCUAAUUGCUGGUGUGAAGCUUGGAGGUUUAACUGCUUUAGGUUGUGGAAUUUUAGGAUUUACUGGAGCCACGAUUCUCAAGAAAAAACAUUUAGAAAAAUUGGAAAAUGUUGAAGGACCACUGCAAAUUAAAGACAAAGAAGACCAAACUCCUGAAUUAGACCAAAAGAAAGAAUUGUGA